CGGCAGACGGAAGCGCUAAGGCGUACUGAGCUACCUCCUGGAGAUAAAGUCGUCGUCACGGCCUUUAGUCACGCACUUGAAAGAUGUCUGCAGGAAAGCAAGGAGACGCUCUGUGCUUCUUUAUCAACGGGAAAAAGGUGACUGAGAACCAUGCCGACCCGGAGACGAUGCUGUUGGCCUUCCUCAGGCAGAAGAUGAAAUUAACUGGAACCAAGUACGGCUGCGGCGGAGGAGGCUGCGGAGCGUGCACAGUUAUGGUGUCGCGCUACCAACCUGCAACGAAAUCCAUCAUCCAUUACUCAGCCAACGCCUGCCUGCUGCCGCUCUGUCAGCUCCACGGAGCCGCAGUCACCACAGUGGAGGGCAUUGGCAGCACCAAGACCAGGAUCCACCCGGUGCAGGAGCGAAUAGCCAAGGCUCACGGCUCCCAGUGUGGCUUCUGCACUCCGGGGAUGGUGAUGUCCACGUACGCUCUGCUGAGGAACAAACCGCAGCCCACCAUGGACGACAUCACCCAGGCUCUGGCUGGUAAUCUGUGUCGGUGUACCGGAUAUCGACCCAUUGUGGAAGGCUGCAGGACCUUCUGUCAGGAAGCCAACUGCUGCCAAGCCAAUGGUGCUGCAAACUGCUGCCUCAAUGGAGAGAAAAAUGGUGAUGAACCUGAGCAGGAAAAGCCUCAGCUCUUUGACAAACUGGAUCUUCUGCCAUUGGAUCCAACACAGGAGCUGAUCUUCCCUCCAGAGCUGAUUCUGAUGGCAGAUACAACGAGCCCUCAAACACUCACCUUUCAUGGGGAGAGGGUCACCUGGGUGUCUCCGGUUUCUCUGGAGGAGCUGAUCCAGCUCAAGGCCAAACAUCCCAAAGCUCCCCUGGUCAUGGGCAACACCAACAUAGGUCCAGACAUGAAGUUCAAAGGCAUCCUACAUCCGCUGAUCAUCUCUCCAACCAGAGUGAAGGGGCUGUUCGAGGUCUCUCAGACGCCACAGGGCGUUUGGGUGGGAGCGGGCUGCAGUUUGUCUGAGCUUCACUCUGUCUUGGAGAAGCUGGUUCCUCAGUUCCCGGAGGAGAAGACUGAGGUGUUCAGAGCACUGAACCGGCAGCUGGGGAACCUGGGAAGUGUGCAGAUCCGAAACGUAGCUUCUCUGGGAGGAAACAUCGUGAGUGCGUACCCCAACUCGGACCUGAAUCCCAUUUUGGCUGCCGGCAACUGCAAAGUCAGCGUGAUUUCCAGCGGAGGAAGACGAGAGGUUCCCCUGAAUCAGGACUUCUUCGUGGGAUUUGGGAAAGUCAUCCUGCAGCCGGAGGAGAUUGUCCUCUCCGUUUUCAUCCCCUUUUCCAGAAAGGGGGAGUUUGUUCAGGCUUUACGCCACGCACCGAGGAAGGAGGCCUCCUUCGCCACCGUGACAGCCGGGAUGAGGGUGAUGUUCUCAGAGAGCUCCAGAGUGGUUCAGGAUGUCAGUAUUUACUACGGAGGGAUGGGCCCGACCACAGUCAGUGCAGCCAAAACCUGCCAGGCCAUCAUCAGGAGGCCGUGGGACGACGAGACCCUCGGCCAAGCCUACGACAUCCUUCUGGAAGAGCUGGCCCUCCCUCCUUCAGCUCCAGGAGGGAAGGUGGAGUUUCGUAGGUCUCUGACUCUUAGUCUGCUCUUCAAAUUCUACCUGGAGGUCCUGCACAAGCUGAAAGCAAUGAAUGUGAUCACAGACGAGGUCCCUGAGAAGAUACAACCUUUACCCAGAGACAUCCAACCUGGCCUGCAGGAGUUCCAGCCUGUCUCAAAGGACCAGAGUAACCACGAUGCAGUAGGGCGUCCCAUGAUGCAUCGGUCCGCCAUCAGCCAGGCCACAGGCGAGGCUGUGUACUGCGAUGACCUCCCAAAGAUAGAGGGCGAGCUCUUCCUCAUGGUGGUCACCAGCUCCCGACCACACGCUAAGAUCACAGGGCUGGAUGUGAGCGAAGCCCUACAGCUUCCUGGCGUUGUCGACGUCAUCACAACCAAAGACAUUCCCGGGAAGAAAGUCCGCACAUUUUGCGGCUAUAAUGAGGAGCUGCUUGCCGAGAGCGAGGUGUCGUGCAUCGGUCAGAUGAUAUGUGCGGUGGUCGCCGACACAAAGGCGCACGCCAAACGAGGAGCAGCAGCUGUAAAGAUCAGCUAUGAAGACCUGCCCGACCCCAUUUUCACCAUCGAGGAAGCCGUCGAGAAGUCAUCUUACUUUGAACCACGACGGUUGCUUCAGAGGGGAGAUGUGACUGAAGCCUUUAAAACUGUCGACAAGGUUUAUGAAGGGGAGAUUCGAAUUGGAGGCCAGGAGCAUUUCUACAUGGAGACGCAGAGCAUGCUGGUGGUUCCCGUCGGCGAGGAGAUGGAGUUCAACGUUUACAUCUCCACUCAGUGGCCAACUUUGAUUCAGGAUGCUGUUGCCGAGACCUUGAACAUCGCAUCCAACAGAGUCACUUGUCAUGUCAAAAGAGUGGGCGGAGCCUUUGGAGGGAAGGUCACCAGAACCUCCGUUUUGGCUUCUAUCACCUCGGUGGCUGCAUGGAAGACCAAUCGUGCCGUCCGCUGUGUCCUGGAGCGCGGCGAGGACAUGCUCAUUACAGGAGGCCGACAUCCCACCCUGGGAAAAUAUAAGGUGGGUUUCAUGAAUGAUGGGAAGAUUGUUGCUGCAGAUUUCCAGUUCUUUGCCAACAGUGGCAACACUGUAGAUGAGUCUCCUUUGGUUGCUGAGAAGAUGGUCCUCCACAUGGACACCGCGUACAACAUCCCCAAUCUGCGAGGUCGCGGCACCGCAUGCAAGACCAACCUGCCAUCAAACACUGCCUUCAGGGGCUUUGGGGUGCCCCAGGGCCUACUGAUCGUGGAGAACAUGAUCAACGACGUUGCCAUGGUGUUGGGAUGCCCCGCCGACAAGAUUCGGGAGAUGAACAUGUACAGGGGCCCUUCGACCACCCACUACAAGUUUGAGUUCAACCCCGAGAACUUGCUGCGCUGCUGGGAAGAGUGCAAGCGCCGGUCUGACUACAGUGCCCGCCGUGGCGCCAUCGAGCAGUUUAACGAGCAGAACCGCUGGAAGAAGAGGGGGAUUUCCAUCAUCCCCAUCAAAUAUGGCAUCGCCUUUUCAGAUGGCUUCCUUAAUCAGGCUGCAGCUUUGGUCCACAUCUACAAAGACGGUUCGGUUCUGGUGAGUCACGGUGGGACGGAGAUGGGUCAGGGAGUCCACACGAAAAUGCAGCAGAUUGCGAGCCGGGAGCUUCACAUCCCGCCCUCAAAGAUCUACAUCAGUGAAACCAGCACCAACACCGUUCCCAACACUUGCCCAUCUGCUGCGUCCUUUGGUACCGAUGCUAACGGCAUGGCGGUCAAAGAUGCCUGCCAGAUUCUGUACCAGCGACUGGAGCCAAUCAGAAAGAAGAACCCCAAAGGAACCUGGGAGAGCUGGGCCAAUAAAGCAUUUAUGGAGAAGAUCAGUUUGUCAGCGACUGGAUUUUACAAAGGUCCUGACCUUUACGUCGACUGGGACAAGAUGGAGGGCCAGCCUUAUGCUUACUACACCUACGGAGUGAGCUGCUCCGAGGUGGAGCUGGAUUGCCUCACCGGAGAAUACAGGACGUUGAGGACUGACAUCGUAGUGGAUAUCGGCAAAAGUGUGAACCCAUCUGUGGACAUGGGCCAGAUUGAGGGAGCGUUCAUGCAGGGUUUGGGUCUCUACACUCUGGAGGAGCUGAAGUUUUCUCCCUUCGGGCUGCUGUACACUCGAGGACCGUCUCAGUACAAGGUCCCGGCGGUCUGCGAUGUGCCGCUGCAGUUUAACGUCUACCUGCUGCCCGACUCUGACAACCCCUACGCCAUCUACUCUUCAAAGGGUAUUGGAGAACCCACCCUCUUCUUGGGCAGUUCGGUGUUCUUCGCCAUCAAAGACGCCGUGGCUGCUGCUCGCUCCGAUUCUGGUUUGAAGGGACCCUUUUCUCUAAACUCCCCUGCAACACCAGAGAGGGCCUGCUUAGCCUCUGCCUCCCCAUUCACUCAGAAGGUUCCAGCCAGCAAACCAGGGUCUUUCAAGCCGUGGGCCUUGGACAUCUGAGACUGAAUCAAACUAAAGAUUUUAAACUAAUCAUUUUUAGCUAAUAUCAGGUGAAAUUCACUUAGAGUAGCAAAAAAUACCAGCCGCAGGGCAAAGGUGCUUUUAAUCCACUUCAGUGUUUAACACCUUUACAGAUUUUAUUGUAUCAUUGAAUUUAAGAUUUCAGAAGCUAAACACAAAUCACUGCGAUGCACACGUCACACCUACCCACUGAGUCAAAUACACACGGUUAACGCUGUUGUGCAGUCGAGUUUCCUUUGAUUUAAGACUGCAUGUUUCACUUGUUGCACAGAAUCUGUCACAGAGUCCGAUGAUCAUUUCUCUUCUUUUUCUUUUUUUGUGGUGGUCCACCACAUGCACAGUGCAGUUAGUUUUUAAUCUUUUAUAAAUAUCUUUUUUUAGUUAUUCUGUUACCAAAUGUAACCAGAAUUGUGGCCACUCGAGUGGGUUUCAGCCCGCAGACGUGUUCCUCAUUUUUAUUCAUUUUAAACACAAAGAAUCAACACUGUGAUUGAAUUAGAUUUAUUCUGUGUUAUGGGAAAUGCUCUGCCAAUCAAAAAUAUACGUGAAUGAGGUCGCUUUCUUGUUACCUGAAAGCAUAUCGCGCAGAGGAACGAGCACUCAAAAACGGAUCCCAACAAAUUGGCGCUUUUGCGAAUACGUUUGCUGAUAGUAACACCAUGUGAUUCAGCUAAUAACACAGGGAUUUGAUCAUUUGUGAAGCCAGGCUGAAAACACUCAGCAAUCUGUGCAUUCACGACUGGAUGUAAUACCGGUAGCUUAGCUGUAGCAUUUGUAGCUGAGGGCUUCAGCUUCCGGGUAACAAGGAAAUGACGUCAUUCACGUAGAUUACUGAUUGGCAGCGCUAACUCGAAAUUUCGAGUUGCUUUUCUCAGAAUAUUGAGUUAAUAGCUCGGAAUUUUGAGUUAUGGAUCUUUUUUUUUUUUUUUUUUUUAAGUGGCGGAAACAGGCUUCCAUAAAUGUGAGACGAUCGUCCUUGAUCUUUGGUUUUGUCUGAAGGCAUUGAUUUGUUUUGUGCUUGAAUGCUUGAUUUAGAAGGGAAAACAUAAAUUAUGUUUAAUAAAGCAAAGAAAAUCCACCUUUUGUCUCUGUAAAACUAAGGAUGAACUCAAAGUCACUUUAGAGACUAAGGCCAUGCUGACUGGUACAUGAGGAUGAUCACACCACAAGGAUGAUCUUCACUGGCUACAGCUGUUGUGCUGCUCAUUAAAAGAAAUGCCUAAUCAGCCACUCACAUGGCCGCAACUCUGUAUGUUUAGGGACUUAGAUGUGGUCAAGACGACCUGCUGGACUCCAAACAGAGCAUCAGAAUGGAGAAGAAAUGUGAUAUAAGUGGCUUUGACUGUGGUGUGGUGGUUCUGCAUAUUUGAGCAGCUGAUGCUCUGCUCUUCCACACAACCAUCGUAAACCUAUCAUAAAUACAGAUACUUUUUUUUUCUCUUUUCUUUCUUAAAUUCUGCCAUAUUUGCCUAUAACUAAAAUAUUUCUGUAUAUCAGGCAAAUAACAAACUGAAGUCAUGUUAUAUUACUAAAGUUUACCUGGCACAGUGUGAGGAAUUAGUGAAGCACAACAUUCAUCAAAGCUGGAAGUAGCAACUGCACUAUCCUCGGGUGAUUUCUGAAUUCUGCAUUUUGACGCUUUUUGUUUGCUGCCAUCCUGUGUUUUGUUUGUUUUUCUGCACCAGAAAACACUGCAUUUGGGUGAUACUUUAUUCAGCAGUUAGCUAGCUCAUUGGUAAGUUGCAUCCAUAAGCUGUACAGUAUUACUUGUACAGUAAUUGAAUUUCAUUCACCAACACUGCGUGAUGGUGUUUGCCUCACAGCAAGUUGGAUUAUUUCUUUGAUAAUUAUGUUAAAAAGGCUCAAAUAUGGCUGAAUUGGCAACACAAAGGCUCGUUUCACCCUGUACCCAAAACACAUCUUCAUGAUUCCCAAGACCUUUGGGAAAACAUCCCGUGGACUGACUAGGCAAAAGCUGAACUUUUCUGGAAGGUUUGAGUCCCAUUACAUCAGACAUAAAACAGCUUCACAGCAACAGUGUGAUGGUCUGGGGCUGCUCUGCUGCUUCAGGAUGAGUUGCUGUAAUUGAUGGAACCAUGAAUUCUGCUCUCUACUAGAAAAUCCUGAAUGAGAAUGUCUGAGCAUUAGUUCCUUCCCUGAAGAUCAAGAGCACUUGAGUUCUGCAGCAGGACAAUGAUCAGAAACACACCAGUGCAAAAGUAAAAAAUAAAAAUCGAGGUUUUGGUGUGAUCGGACACUGAUAAAGGGAAAAAUGUUAGAACAUGAAAGGGAAUGUAAUUAAACCUGCAAAUAUCAAUCAUGUUUAUUGUGUGCAUAUAUGUAUAUGAUAAAUUAAUAAAUGAACCUAUAUGUAGUGUGUUUGGGUCUGUGAGCUAUUUUCACUGUUUACCAAAAGGAAAUUAGUUUCUUUUUUUAUUUUAGCCACAGAAUACUUCCCUUUGGGUGAUUUUCCAUGAAGAACAAAUCGACUAACACAUUUUCAGAGACUUCAAGCCUUAUGCAUUUAUAUCACACAUGUGGUGUUCAUGCCAUAAAGGUAUGGAGGAACUGUUUCCCUUCACUCUGUCCUCUCCCUGCGUGGCCUGCUGUUCGUUUGUGCUCCAGCAUCCCGGCACAUUUUACCCUAUGUGUAGUAAGUGAAAAAAUUGGAACUUUCUACCAGUUAGGUUUUUUAAUCUAUUAUCUAAUUAUUUCGGCAUAGCAUGAAUGGCCAUGUGGGAGAUCGUUAUCAGUAAACAUAAAGCUUAUGAAACAUAAAACUUUACACCUUCGUUCAUGUUUUCCAGUGCUGUUAAUUAGGUCCCAAAUUGGAGUCUGAUGGGCCGAUUUUGGCCCUUAGGUCUUAUGUUUGACAUCUCUGCUAUACAGGGAUAAAGUGCAAGAAAUGCAUAUCCAGACUGUUUAUGUUGUAUAGACUGACAUAAAUCUGCUCCUAAUCAAGUUCAUUUAUAGUUUUUCAAGAUAAACAUGUUUUUUUUCAUUCACAUCUGUUAUUCAGUUACAUUUCACAAAAAAUAAGCAGCAUUUCAUAUUUGAAAUAUGAACCAUAUAUGUGGUAAACAUCUGUUAUGUAUUUUUACAUACAUUGUUAUUGAUGCACUGAUUUAAUAACACAAUAACUUAACACUGGCUGAGUAACAAAAACAGGAAGACCACGCAAGGGUUAGCUACAUAAAUAUACUGUAAUGUAUUUCAAAACAAACAAACAAACAAAGAAAAAGCUUUCUGUAUCAGUAAAUUAAACGUUUUUUUCUAAGGAAAUCCCCUUUAAAAAGCGCAUGCGCAGCGGGCGGAGCCUGCGGAAGUCCUGACGGGAAGGUCUUUUUGUUUGGGCCGCUCAGAUACUCGACACUUUGCUUCCAUUCCUCGGCUUCACAACCGUUUUUUAUCUGCAUUAAUUUCGGGUGUCUUUUAUGAAUAAUCAAAAGCAGCAAAAGCCAACGCUAACAGGCCAGCGUUUCAAAACGAGGAAAAGAGGUGA